AUGGCUGGAACACCCGAGGGCCGCGAUGGCGUCUACGCCAGAGUCUACUCGCCGACCUUCCUCUCCAUGAUUUAUGACUACCUCGUCCUCAAGUUCAACCUGCGGUACAUGUGGGGUUGUGCCGCAGACACGAUCCUGCUGCCCUUCUUUAGCGAGAACUUCUCUAGGAGGCAUCUCGACAUCGGCGUGGCCACGGGCUGGUUCCCGGCCGUCGCCCUGGCGCGGCCCUUCCGCGCGACGUCCCGCCAGCACAUCACCCUGCUGGACAUCAGCGGCAACUCGCUGCGCGCGGCGCAGGCGCGCGUCCAGGCGAGCAACCCCGUCGCCGACGUCCAGUGCGUAGAGGCCGACGUCACGGCUCCGCUGCCCAAGGCCCUCCUCGCUCCGCGGGCAUCCGAGGACCAGCCGGCGACGCCGCUCCAGUUUGACUCGAUCUCCAUGUUCAACCUCUUCCACUGCGUGCCGGGCCCGGACAAGCUCAAGGCCCUCACCACGUACAAGGAGCUGCUGUCGGACCACGGCGUCCUGUCCGGGUGCACGGUGCUGGGCGAGAAGCACGCGACCGGCUGGCUCACUAGGUGGUAUGUGAGGUAUUACAACAAGGUCGGUCUGUUCAACAACCUACACGAUACGAGGGAGAUGUUUGAGAAGGCGCUGCAUCAGGAGUUUGAGGAUGUGGACACAGGACUCGAAUGCGAAGGGUACUUCUCGGGCUUGAAGUGGUCCACCAAGCACCAGCCAGCCGGCGAGUACAAGUCUCAGCGGCCCAGUCCUCAGCACAAACGAUCUCUGGGCACUGCGCUAUCUCCCUCCGAAACCUCGAGUCUUAGAAGCGAGCACACCUCUGUGCCAUCAGCCUCAGACGCCUCUAAUGACCAUAUUGUUCAAGGCAAUAUUGGGCACGUCGCUUGCGACGGUGACGUAACCACGGUCACACGUCAUCCCGUACGGCGAGGAUCCCUUGUAGGGGCAACUGCAACGAUACAAAACAGUGCUACGAGCGAAAUCUCCCAACAAGGGCCACCGAGCAUCGAAAGCACUGCCAGUAGCAGCCGUGACGGUAGCCACAGCUUAGCGUUGUCGCGAGAGUAUCUUACAGACGCAUCUUCGGCAUUCAUUAUCAACUGGUUCGAGCAGGUCUGCUCCAAGUGGUCUGGAUUUGAUUCCAGCGUGAACCAGAACAGGAUGAUGGCCGCGGAUCUCUGGCGCAGUUCGGCCACAGUUGCAGGUGCCCUCGAGAGCAUGUCAGCCAGCUUCAUUGCUUCCAGGUUGCCCAGCAUGCGGCGGAACGCAGUCCAGCUCAUGCAGAAAGCAACAAACCUUGUCCAGAGCGAAUUGUGGGCUGCCAACUCCCUACCGCAGCUGCCCGCUGUGCCGACCGGAUUGCUGUUCUCACUCUUCUGUCUCGGCACUACUGUCUGCUGGGUCGACGCAAAGGGGCUUGGCAUCCCCUUUUUCAGAGAAGCGAAGCGCAUAUUGAAGCGAUUAGACGGGCAAAUUACAUCCGCGUCAAACAGUCGGGACUGGGAGCUAUUACAGUUUUUCAACAGAUGUAUGACGUACUGCGAGAUGAUGCUGGCUAUGGUCCGAGAUGAGGAGGCCACUCCCACUAUGGCAAAUCUCGAGCUAUUACCUUCGGCCGCACCAAAGCCACACGCUUCUGAAGAGGUCAUAUCAAAAUCCAUACAUCCGUGGACGGGGAUCUCAACUCUCACUUGCGAACUGUUCACCGAGUCGGUUCAGCUUUGUCGGAAGUACCGGCGGUCGAUCAGGGCCACAUCUGGACCAUUUGACAUCCCCAGUUCCUCAUUUCAAGACUUUAUAGAUGCCCAAAAGCUUGAAGAACGUUUGUUGGCGCUGGAUAUAGUCUCCAACCAUAACCUGGACGAUACGGGUGACUCUGCCACCCCAGCAACCCAUCUCGCCGAGGUGGCCGAGGCCUACAGGCUCUCGUCACUCAUCCAUCUGUAUCAGACGUUCCCUGACUUGGUAUCGCUGAGACUCCCAGGCAGAUCUCUAGACGUGGCCGAUGACGCAGUUCUCUGGCAUGAGUGGAUUAUCCCGCUUUGCUUGUACCUUGUCAAGGUGCUCGACCAUAUCCCUCCUACGUCGGGAAGUCGUAUGAUGCAGCCUCUUCUAUACAUUUCUGCCAGCACCGGACUCCGCUCCAAUGUAUCAGUAGGCAAUCAGAGCUCAACUCCUAACGAUCCACUGCAUCCCGGGAACUUAUUUUACUCGUCGCCAGUCCUGGAGCAUGUGGGUGUGGGCAUAGCUCUCGCCGGGAACGACCCACGAGGACUCGAUCAUGUUUCCCAGAUAGAUAUUGAUGUUGGAAAUGCUCGGCACUUUGUCAUGAGUAGACUGGGCAUAUUGGAGAGCAGCUUACCGCCGACACCGGUCGUUGUCGCCAAGGAUUUGGUCUCAGCGCUUUGGAGGGCUUACGACAGCGAGAUACCCGGGUGUUUCGCAGUCCACUGGGUUGAUGUGAUGGAAGGGGGCGAUUUACGUUCCUUGUUUGGAUAA